AUGUCCACUAACGAUAACGAUAAUUCUGAGGCUGCCAUCUAUGCUGAAAGGUUGAGAGCGCGUCGACGCCUAAUUAUGCGGGUUGUUCGUGAAAGAGAGAGCAAAGAACACCGAAGACAUCGCUUACAACUACUUCGGGGGAGAAAAAAAAAUGAACGUAUUAUAAAUGCUACAACGAGCAUUGACACCCCUACAUAUACCAGUUUUGCGUCAUUCCAUUGGGAGGAUGGAGAAAGAAGAGUGACUCAUCCCGCACUAACCCAAAAUUUACUAUUUGCUGCUUUAUUCACCUGGAAAAAACAUCCUGUAAAAACACGUAAAAUAAAAAUUACUUAUACAUACACAAAAUCUACUUAUUUCACAUGGCUCUAUCAAGGAAGUGUGUUACAAUUUGCUUCGCAAAUUGUUACGCGCUAG